AUGCCUCCUGGCUUCUUUCUGCAAGGCUUCUCUGAAUUCCCUCACCUACAGCCUUUCCUCUUUGUGCUCCUGUUAGUCGUACACCUGGCCACCCUGAGUGGAAACCUGAUCGUCCUUGUGUCUGUGGCCUCAGUUGUCACUCGCCCCCCAAUGCUGCUCUUCCUGUGCCAGCUGUCAGCUAUUGAACUCUGCUACACAUUGGUAGUGGUGCCCCGCUGCCUAGCUGACCUGGCCAGGGGCCAGAACCGGGGCAGCCCCAUCUCCUUUGUGGGCUGUGCAGUGCAAAUGCAGAUGUUUGUAGCCCUUGGAGGAGCUGAGUGCUUCCUGCUGGCAGCCAUGGCCUAUGACCGCUAUGUGGCCAUCUGCCACCCUCUGCGCUACCCAGCCAUGAUGACUCCGGGGCUCUGUGGGAGGCUGGCUAUAAGCUGCUUCCUUGGAGGACUGGUGGUCUCCCUGUUUCUCACAAUGGCUGUCUUCCAACUGCCCUUUUGUGGCUCCCAUCUGUUGGUUCACUUCUUCUGUGACAUCACUGCCGUGCUGCACCUUGCCUGUACCAGAAGCUAUGUGGAGGAACUGCCCCUCCUUGGGGCCUGCAUUGUGCUGUUAUUGGUGCCCUCUUUCCUGAUCCUGACUUCCUAUGGUGCUAUUGUAGGUGCCCUGCAACGCCUGCAUUCAUCUGGGGGUCGCAGGAAGGCUGCAUCCACUUGUGCCUCCCACCUGGCAGUUACCCUGCUGCACUAUGGCUGUGCUACCUUCAUGUAUGCACGGCCCAAGACUAGUUACACCCCAAAGCAAGACCGGACGCUGGCACUUGUCUAUACCAAUGUGACACCCCUACUCUACCCACUCAUUUACAGUUUCCGCAAUCGGGAAGUCACCACAGCCAUACACAGGGUACUGAGGUUGAAAGGAGAUGGCCAGUCCCUGGUUACUGGGUGA